AGUGUCCUCUUUGGGCAAAUAUUCAUAAUAAAAUUAUGUGAAAUUUAGCAGUCAUUUUAUAAUCCAGUGUUAGAGGAAGGUGGGCUUUGGCAAAGAAAAUGGCUAGCGCGAAAAAAUUUUCGAAUAAUUUAAGGGCUGUAACGGAAUUGGAGCAAGAAGAUGAUAAUUAUACGGAUUCUUUAGGUGUUGAAAAUAUCUUUCGGUGCUGUGAACUUUUGACUACAUUCUUAAGAAAUAAAAAGUGGUCUGAAAUUGGUGACACUUUAACUACAAUUUCAAAGGCUCUUUUAAAACCAGAAAACAGGAAAAGUGUGCCUUUGCAGGCACUAGAAAGUUUAGGCAUAGUCCUGCAUGUGUCAGCUGCAGAGUUCAAGGUUGAUUCACCAAGUGUAGCGGCUGCUGUAAGCGAAACUUUCCGAGCCCUGAGAAACAGUUGCGUUGGUGAACCUAAGAUUCAGAAAGAUGUAACUGAAAAAACUGUAGCUGUUGAUGAAACAUGCAACAUCUUGAAGGCAUUGUCUUUAUUACCAAGGAAUGAACAUAAUGUUUUUUGUUUACGGGUUGGAACACAAUUCUUAGGAAACAUUGUUGUGAACAACAAGGACACUCAACCUAUAGUUUGGAGAAAAUGCUCAGAAGUCCUAAUAGAUCUAUUGAAGUAUGAAGACAAGAAGGUUGCAAAUUAUUCAUCAAUGGUCAUAUACAACAUCUUAUUGGGUCAUCCAGACAUAAGUGCUGCUGUGGAAAACUGUAAAGAAAUCUUGGAAAUCCUGAUAGACCAUGCCAUGGCGGACUCAGAAUUUGCACUGUUUACUGUUGAGUUGCUGCUGUCAAGGAUGGGUUAUCUACCAAAGGUGUAUGAAAAAGUAGCUGUGACACACCGUCUCUUCUUACUUGAUGCUGUGCAUUUUAUGAUUACUGCAGACGGUGACGCCCGUAUUCCUGUCACUUCUAUAACAUUCUUGGCCAGUCAAUUCAAAGUUCAUUCUGACUGCAUUCUUAAGACCUGUGAGAAGUAUGUUGAAGGUCUGGAGCCUGCAGAAGUGUCAAAACUGCUUCAACUCUUGGCUUCUGCGUCUGCCAACGGCAACUAUCGUUCAGAGCUGCAGAAGGACACCUCUCUUCUUAUUACGUGUUCAAUGCUGCUAUGCAGUAUGCACAAUCUUGGCAAGAUGGGGCAGAAUAAUUUCUCAGCAGUGCAGAAGUUGGCUGACUUGUCAAGCUUUACGCAAAGCAGUAAUAUACACGAGCACCCUGCAUUUGGGUUCAAGAGCUGUUUGGUGCAGAUGCUGGGCAACCUCUGCUGGAGACACCCAGAAAAUCAGAAUCAGGCGCUGGUAUCACAAUUAACACCUAAACGGGCAGAUACCUCAUCGCGUCACGGACUUCUAUAGUGCUUGGAGGAAUUUCUCUCUUCGACGUCACGUGUUGGACCCACGAGCCCCGCGUCCGAAGUAUUCCGUGGGUUAUUUUCUUUAUGGCGAAAUGAUGAAAGAAUGGAACUCGACCUCCACACCAAAUAUACGCAUUUAUCGCACAGGUGGAACCUUGCGGUCUGUUCUUCGUGUAGCUGACGUCGUCGGUGUUCAGUUGCUUCAGCUUUGUUCAGUGACCAGCCGUCCUACUUGUUAAAUCGUGCUGAAGUCGCUCUUUCUGCACCGCUCUCUGAUCGAGUUGUCAGUUUGUGCUUUCCCAUGGCAUUCCAUUUAUAGUAUCGUUCUACAUCCAACCAUUGUCUGUGGGAAUGUACGUUGUGUGACUUGUGAUCAGGAUUUCGUUUCUUACACCUUCAUUGCAGUCUCUAUUCCUUUUCAUCCUAGAUCACAUCAGAUGCAU